AUGUUUCACAAUUUAAUCCAUAUGGAACUCUCCUAUAAAAAGUGUGAUAAAAAAGAUUUGUUUGAGGCAGUGGAACUGCUCAAGGAUUGCCCUAAACUUCAAGUUCUUGUCAUUGACCAGCGAAACUUUCCUAUCUAUAAGUUUGGUGAAAUUAAAGGUGAAUUAAGAGAUUGGCAAUGCCCACAAUCUGUUCCUGAAUGCAUUCUGUUACACCUUAAAAAAUGCUAUCUAAAUGAUUAUAGCGGCACCGAAGGUGAGUUUCAAUUUGCAAGAUAUAUUCUCCAGAAUGGAAGAUUUUUAGAGAGCAUGACUAUAUGCAACAUCUCAGAUGUAAAUCAACAGGGAGAGCUUAAGAAUCCUAAAGAAUUAUCCUCAUGCACAAGGCAGUCUGCAAAUUGUAAACUUUAUUUGCAAACUUUUCUUUGA